AUGGCGCCGAACCGCAUGUUCACGGCGGAAAGGAAGACACGGAGGGCGGAAAUGCAGUCAGCCUGCUUAACAACACAUGCGUGGGCGAGCGGGGAGAAGGGGCGGCCCCUGCGGAGGAGCGCCAACAGCUUCGAGAUCACAAGCGCAAAGAUCAAGACAGGACCCUGCAUGACCUUCUUGGGAGUGGGGACCACAAGCUCCUACGUGACACCCCCCAAGGCAAAGGUCAGUCGAGACAUCAAGAUGCUCCAUGACCUGCACUAUGGGACCCUCCUGGGCAGCAGAGCUUGUGCCCACAUGGCAGCAGCUGCCUGGGCCAGUUCCUUUCUCCACGCUGUGCUGCACACAGCCAAUACAUUUUCCCUGCCCCUGUGCCACGGCAAUGCCCUGGGCCAGUUCUUCUGUGAGGUGCCCCAGAUCCUCAAGCUCUCCUGCUCCAAAUCCUACCUCAGGGAACUUGGGCUUAUUGUGCUAAGUGCUCUUCUAUUUUUUGCUUGUUCUGUGUUCAUUGUUUUCUCCUAUGUGCAGAUCUUCAGGGCUGUGCUGAGGAUCCCCUCUGAGCAGGGACGGCACAAAGCCUUUUCCACCUGCCUCCCUCACCUGGCUGUGCUCUCCCUGUUCAUCAGCACUGCCUAUUUUGCCUACCUGAAGCCGCCCUCCAUCUCCUCCCCAUCCCUGGAUCUGGCCCUGUCAGUUCUGUACUCGUUGGUGCCUACAUGCCGGUGA